GGGAGAAAGGGAUGUUAUUUAAGUUGUACUGCGUCUGAUUUAGGUGUUUUAAAUUACAUUUCUCAUAUAUACAUAUAUUUAGUUUUAUUGCGCAGCCUCUCUGCAGGAGAAGCAAGCCUCUUUCAAAAAGCUCACACAACUGCAUACUGUUUUUCAAGCCCUACAUGUUUCCUGUUCCCCUUCCUAUUAAAGUAUGUGCCAAGUUUGAUCAGGACGUCCCACAUUUGUGCGCGCAUGAAUUUUGAUAUUUUGGGGCUCAAUUAAGCAGCCUGAACACUUAGUGAGUCUUCAAACCUGACGAUGUGAGUCCUCCGUCGGCAUUUUCGCUUCGUGACAGGUCAGGUUUUUACACAGUAGUGCCGGACAAUGCUCCCUGGCUUACUUACAAACAGAUCCCCACCUGCUUCCUCCCUGGACAAUUCACCGUCUGGCUUUUGUCAAAGUGGGACAUGUCGGGCACCUUUUGAAGAAGGAGAAGUUGAGAGUGGGAAAUAUAUUUAAAAGUCACUCUUAACCUAGAUGUCAAACUGCUGAAGGCUUGCGGCCAUCUGCCACAACUAACUGGUGGUUUGAGAAGACAGAGGAGAGAGGCACAAAAGAACAAAAACAAAAUGAAGAAACUGAUGUAAGAGUACUUUCUCUGUGGUAGAGUAGUACAGAGUUUAAAGCAGUGGAAGGACAACACUUAGUGGCUGGCGGCGUAAUGUCAGCCCUCUUCCAGGAAGGCAGAACCGUCAAACAGAUCGCCAGGCCAGAUGCAGCUUCUGUGGAGAGAAAACACGCGAGAGGCAACAUUAAGUCGACUGCUGAAACGCCGGCGAGUAACGCAAAAUUGGAGAGUAGUAGGAGAAGAAAGCAGGUGAGUGAGAAGGGUGAAAUAGAAUAGGAAAACCCUUUAUCGCCCCUCGGCGGGAAAAAUUCAGGUGCAAAAGUAACAACAAGCAAGUCGGAGCGCGUAGAUUCACACCAGGUAAAAAUAUGACAACAGAAAAUAGGCAGGGGGAAAUAAACAGCCUAAGAAAAAAACAACAACACUUAUUGAAGAAAUGACUGAGUAGGAUAAUUUGUGGUCAAGGGGAAGGUAAAGUGUACCCCAAAGUACAAAAAAGAUGUUAUUAAAGCUAUAGAAUGCAGCUUUUACAAAAAAAAAUUAUUUGUCAAGAAUGUCUUUGUUGUGACAGUAUAAUAUGAGACAGAUAAUCUGUGAAAAGAUCAAUCUCCACCUUCUCCCUGACCUUCUGAAGAAAUGCUCCAAAAACAACCAAUCAGCGAUUGGGAUAGUGUCUCAGCGCUGUCAAUCAACUUUGUGAAUGUGCUGCAAAAUGUGCAAAUGGUGGAGAAACAACUUACCGUUCCAGGACAACUGUCAAUUACACCGUCAUCAGCUAAUUAGCCUUAGCUUGAUCGACAGCGCUAAGAUCCUCCUCCUGAUUCUGACUGGUUGUUUCUGGUUAGCACUGGAAGCUCUGGGAGAAGGAAGAGGAGCCAGAUUCUUUUCACAUAUUAUCUCAUACCAUCACGACAUUGUCACUGUUUUAACCAAUAUGCAACAAAAAAAAAGACAUAUAUUUUUAAAAUAAAAGGCUUUUAGACAGCACUCUUAAGAACUAUACUCAGUAAGCUGCUUUUUUGUUUGUUUGUUUGUUCAUUACAACUGGAUCAUAUUUUAUUUAAAUCGUUGGGUAAAUACCCUUCCAGUUCCAGUCAUAAAGCACUUUAAGCUCAACAACAAGGCUGAUUAAAGUCUUGUAGAAGAACACUCACUGUAACGUACAAGCAGGUCAGGAAAUGAACAGUAAAAAGUAAGGGGAAAAAAUUAGAAAUAGGAAUAAAUAAUUAACAUAAGACAAGUCCAUCCAUCGUGAAGAGGAAGCAACAACAAAAACUCCAUCAAGUUCCAAAUUUGUCAGUGAAACCAUUGAAAGCAUCUGAAAUUGGACUGGAAUCAUUUUAACAUUGAAUUCAUAGACACAAACUGAAGUGUUGGAGAAAUGUUUAUCUUUUUUUUAACUGGACCAGUCAUAAAAAUCAAGUGGUGGCAUCAGUAGAGUUAGGGAAGCUAAUCCCUAAAAGCAGAACGUCAUAGUUAUCUUUUACACAGAAAAGGUUUAAGUUUUAACAAACACCAUAACUAGAAAAGGCUGGAUUUCACCCCAAACUCUACUUGACUGUACAUUUUUAUCCCCAAUCAUGUAAAAUGUAUUCUUUAAGUCAUCCGCAGAUUUAUAGUCCUGCAGGCCAAAUAUUCUUUCUUGUUGACAUCUGGUCAGUCCUUCUUGAGUACAGUAGGCCCAGCCCUGGCUAUUUAAAGCAGUCAUAACUUUGUCAGUGCCGGACUGGUGGUAUACAGAAACCACAACCUUCGAGUCACUGAGUCAAACGUGUUCCCGAAGAUUUACAGUUUGGUUACGUCUUUUUAUUGAUUUUUGAGCUUUCAAGUGUAGCUUCAUGGAAAAAAUUUUCGAGGAGAAUCUGAUAGGAAGUAGACCUGCAAUAUUUCCAUCCCAGGUCUGAGUCAUAAAAAAAAAAAAAUAAAUAAAAAAAAAAAUCUGAUGCGGACGACUAAUUUUAAGCAGAAAAAGUAGAAGCUGUGUCGUCUGUUUUCCACCAGCUCAUCUCCGGUCCACUCUGAUGGUUUGUGACUCACUAGUGGGAAGUGUCAGGCUGGUUUCAGUGCUGACAUCUGCGUCCGAGCGCUUGUUUUCUGCCUUUCAUGUCAAGCUCGGUCUGUUUUUCGUCGCUGUGUCAGAGCAAACAAUGAUUAUUAUUUACUGACACCGUCAGCAGCAGGAAGUUGGGUCGACUGACGGGACCUUUUCGGUUCACCAGGAACAGAGGCAAACGGAAAGGACUUCCUCUUUGUUUGUCUUUUCUGGGGGUUUUUUUUCUUCUUACAUCUGUGGAUGUUGGGAUGGUCUUACAGACGAUGGAGCAGAGCUCGUGCACGGAGGAUCGUAUCCAGCAUAGUCUCGAGCGCUGCCUCUGUCACCUGGGAGUCAACUCUCCCGACAAGAAGCUCUGGGACGCUGGACUGUGCAUAAGCCGCUGGUGUUUGGAGGAACUGGUGAAGCGGCAUCCCCACAACUUCCUCAUCCUUUUGCAGAAAAUACUGCAAAAAGCAAAGGAGGUACUGGAGGAGUGCCAGUAUGAGCUGGUGGUUCCCCUGACUCUCCUGUUCUCUGCUGCUCUUCUCAAAAGCCCAUAUUUAGGCGCAGGAUGCGGUGUUCUCCAGGAGGCCUACCUGUUGUUCCACCAGUUCCUGGCCUGGCCCGAGCCUUGCAGCUCCGCCAGCAAACGUUUACUGGUCGUCAUCGAGCAGGAGAUUCGAGCGCCAGGUAUUUCAUUUCAGCGACUGGUAAGGAAAGAGCAGGCUAUUUCCCCUGACAUUAACUGCUCUAAAACCUUAGUGGUCCUGUUGGUGAGUCCAGAUGCUGACGCCCCCCAGGAGGUCCAGCUGACCUCUGAGCAGCUCAGUACCAUGCAUUAUUCCAGCAGGAACAUCAUAACAACUCUUAUCCUGCACAGCUUUCAGGCUGCUUUCGGUACCAAGCUGGACCUGCGGGUUCUUCACACAGCCCUGCAGGAGAAAGAGCUGUAUGAGCUGGAGCAGCUUUAUGAGACGAUAACUGGCAGUAUGGAGACGGCAACCUCUGGGGCGGAUCACGCGGCUGCCAGGGACGGACUACUCCGCAGCUUGGAGAAGAUCAGAGAAAGUCUCUCUGUCCCUUCCGGUGACGGUUGCUCAGAGACUGGGUCUUUAGAGAGCCUAACGCUGCCCUACCCCAAAUGCCACACAUGCUUAUGGGAUGAGGACAACUUCGAUGUUCUAAAAGACCUGCUUUUAGUCGACUCUGACCUGGACUCCCCUCCAGAAUGUUCCCCCAAAAUCGACGAGGAUGACACUUUUGACACUAGCAUCGAUGAGGAAGACGAGCAGGACUCCUUGAGCAAACGGGACGAUCUGUUUCAAAGCCAUCGGAUCUCCACCGCCUCAUCUUCCUCCAGAGACUCUACCUUCUCGGGAUACUCUCUCUCCUCCAGCUGGUCCAUGCCGUCUGCUUCGUCGGGAGUGGAAAGCGACUUCAGCGAGGACACAGCGCAUGAGGACACCGAGGGAGGGCAAGCCAGCCAUCUAAAAGUCAGAAAGAAACCCAAGAAAAAGUCCAAAUCCCUCUUGGGUUUGGAGCGAUUCUCCUUGCUCUUCAAGACUCCACACAGUCCAAGCACAUCUCGCCGCGUCCAGAGCAUGGGCUACAACGGAGACAUCACCAAAGACUACCUGAUGACGGGGGCACAACUCAAACACUCGGGGAUCCCCAUGAGACAUAUUCAUCAUCUCAAUGUGUCCUCGGCUCCCGUAGAUGCUUCCGCUCCCCACAGGCACAUCUGCGUCCGCAGGAGGCCGAUUCUGAGCUGCGACGAGGCGAAUGAGCCGGAAGUGCUGACCGUCGUCAAGGUGGUUGCAUUUGGGGGUGACAGAGAGGCUGGGAGGCUUGCUCGGGCGUACAGCGACCUGCAGCAGAAAGAGAGAAAGUGUCCCCAGCUCACGAGGACGUGCAAACUGCAGUUUUACUUUGUUCCCACCAAGAGGAAAACUGUAAGUCCAGGAGCAGGACAUACGCCUGCAGAAGGGCAGGAGUCAAAUUGCCAAGAAGUGGAGGACAGUACAACAGAUAUAGCCCAGAUGUUGGGUAUGAUGGACCCCUGGUAUGAGCGCAAUGUCUUCAGUCUGCUGAGCUUGUCCUCCGAAGUUCUCUGUGAGGCCGCUCCCAAGGAGGACGACGUCUCCGGCGACACCGGCGCCACGGAGCACCGCCUCCACUUGCUGGCUGACUUGGUGCUCUAUUACUGCAGACACGCCGAUCAGCCUGUUCUGGUGCAGCUCUACCAGGCUGAGCUGACCCUGGAAGGGGGAGAGAAGAGAAAGGAAGUGUUCAUUCAUUCCUUGGAGCUCGGACACACAGCUGGAGCCAGAGCUGUUAAAGCCAUGGGCGCUGUGAGCAAAAGGUUGGGAAUAGAUGAAGAGCGAGAGGCUGUUCCUCUCACCCUGAAUGUGGCCUACAACAAGGUGGCCGUCAGCGGGAGGAGCCACUGGGUCCACAAAGAGGCGGUCUGCACCUCCAUCAACCUUCAUAAGACAUGCAGAGACUCCGUGCAGCUGGAUUCUAAAGAGGGCCUGCAGCUGACGAUGACAGAGGUUGUGAAGAAGCAGAGCUCCAAAUCUAAGAAGGGUUACAACCAGAUCUUGAUAUCAGAAUUGAAGGUGGACAAGAUGCAAGUGACUGCUCAGGGGAGUGGGAGCACGUUUGCUGUUUGCCUGGAUCAAGACAAGAAGACGUUCAUCCAGAGUGUGAGGAGGUGCGAGGUGUCGCUGUGCAGCAAACCAGGCAGCAGUUCGGACUGGAGGUCCUACAAAACACUACCGGGCCAAAUCCAGCCCCUCCACCCGACGUUCUGCUCCCUGCUCUGCCUUCCCAUCACUGCCUUCUCCGCUGCUGACCCCUGACCCCAGCUCCGUCUGACCAUCCAGGACCCAAAGAACACACCGAGUGGGGAAAAUCAAAGAAUAGGGACAAAGAACAGGGUUUAAUAUUUCAUUACAAGAAGCCGAUGUCUAUUUAUUAACAGUUUAACAUUAAAAAUACAUUUUGUGCUGUUUAUAUGUCCAUAUCAUUAUUUGGAAAAGAAAAAAAAAUAAUUGACUGUUUUUUUUUCUUAACACUUUGGUGUUAAAAGCUGUAUUUUUCACUGUCUUACAUCAGUAGUUUUUUAAAAAUAGAAAACAAAAUUUGGUGCUCUAAUGGCGUCUUGGUUGUUACCAAAAACUGGUAAAGGUACAGGUUGUAAUAUUUCCAAAGUUUUUUUAUGUGUGGUAGUUUUAGUCUACUCAACACCUCAGAUGAAGACGUCACUAAUGUUUCCUCAGUUUCAGCCAAAAGUAGACACUCCUCAUGGCUAUAAUCGCUGUAGGAAUGUUUAGAUGUUUAGUUGUUUUGUUUUCCCUGAAAUGACAACAUGCGACUUUAAUGAUGUCUAAUAGCACGAAUCAGGUUACACAAGUUUAUAUUUAUUGUGAUUUUUGUGGUAGUUUUGGUCAAGUUGAAGAGUUUAGAAGUAGUCCGUCUUUAUUUAUCAAUCUAUCCACUUUGCUCAGUUCAAUUCAGUUCAAAACUACUAUUUAAUGGAAAUUAAAUGAGGUGCUUACUCAUCAACACUGUUCUCAGGUGAGAAAUUCUAAUCCCCGGAGAAAAAAUUUUCUGUCAUUUUGGCCUAAUAACUCCAUCUUUGUACUUUGCAAAGUCUUUUUAGUUAUUCAGAGUAAAAGGCAGAUAUGAAAAAAUUGUAAGUAAAUGCCUGAGAUUAAAUUCUCACACAUUAUUCUGGCAUUUAGAAAAUAAUAAUUCUGACCAUCCCAAGUGACCUAAAACAAAAAAGUUACAUUUGAUUUGAAGUCAGACUAAUGGAGAAAAAAAAAUAUUUGCAAAUAUUUGUCCAUCUGGUUCUUGUUUUUACGAAUCACAGAAGCUGAUUGUUAUAUAAGAAACGCUUCAUUGAAAGCCCAGAUUUAAUAUAGUAUUUAUGUGUAUAAAGAAUAAAUUAAAACUU